AUGAAGAAGAUUCUGUUGCUAUUUUUAGCAAUUAACUGCCUGGAAUGUGUUCCUAACCACGGUCCCGUAGUGAUGACGCCCAGUGGGCCGUUGAGAGGGGUACGGGCUGAUGAGGGGGAUUUUACCAUGUAUCUUGGAGUACCGUAUGGGGUGGUGGACGAAAAUAAUCCUUUUGGGGACGCAAAACCACCUCCUAAGUUCACUUCAGUCUUCGAAGCGGUGUCUAACCCAACAAUUUGCCCUCAACACGGUGGAGUUGCCAGUGUAGCCAUCAACUACAGAGCUGGAAUCUAUGGCUUCCUGUGUGUAGAUCUACCUGGUUACAGCAAUCAAGGAUUAAAAGACCAGGUUUUAGCUCUAAAAUGGAUGAAAGACAACAUAGAAAGUUUUGGUGGAGAUCCCAAUAGAGUUACCGUGUUUGGACAGUCUGCAGGUGCUAUGAGUAUAGAUAUACUGUUUCUUGUAAAAGAACCUUUAUUCCAAAGGGCUAUAAUACAAAGUGGGGUAGCACUAACACCUUGGGUUAUCGCUAAAAUGAAUAAUUCAGUACCUAUUAAUGUAGCUAAAGAAUUGGGUUUUAAAGGUGAUGAUGUAAAAGCAGCUUUGGAUUAUUUAAAAACUUUUAAAGCUACAGAUGUACUUGAAGCAACAAAUUCUUUGAAAAUUUAUGAUACUAAUAACCAUCCCUUAACAAAACCGUGUGUUGAAAAAGAAAGUGAGGGCGCAAUUUUGACAGAUCACCCUGCAAAUUUAAAACCAAAGGUCAAAGAUUUAGAUAUCCUGAUUGGUCACGCGUAUAGAGAGGCCACAUUCAGAUAUCCAGUUUCUGAUGAAUCUUAUUAUGAAAACUAUACAUUUGAUAUUGAACUUAGCCAAGAUUUCAACGAAAUUGUAGACGAAAGUUAUGUCAGACACUUUUAUAUCAAAGAUCAGAAACCAAGUUUAGAAUUGCGUCAAAAGAUUUUGGAUUUUGCAUCUGAUUUCGCCUUUGCUCACCCUACAGAAAGAACUGUUGAUAAAUAUUUGGAAGCCGGGGCUAGAAAUGUAUAUAGGUAUUUAUUUACAUACCAAGGUGAUAGAAAUACUGGAAGCAAAAGAAUGAAUAUAACUGAUGGAGCAAUUCAUGGCGAUGAUAAGGCGUAUUUAUGGAAUUCGGAUAUUUUUGCAGAGAAACCGAAUGCAGCUGAUCAGAAAAUUAUAGAAAUUAUGACUAAAUUGUGGACGGAUUUCGCUAAAUAUGGAAAUCCAACGCCUUCGGGCCCAACUGACUUAAUACCUGUAAAGUGGGAACCAGUAGUUGGAGAACGAAGACCUUUUUUGGUCAUAGACGAACCACUUUCUAUGGAGAACAGACUCUUCAAUGAAAGAAUGGUGUUCUGGGAUAUGUAUUAUAAAUUACACACUGAUAAAGUUGAAGGAAAAAGGACGUAA